AAGUGGCAACUUUCGAUUUCAACAAAUACUUCAAAUUACAACUGAUGAUAGCGACUGGGGAGCGGCAAUGAAAGGGAGAUGAAAGAAGAAAAAAGAGAAAAGAAAAAUAAAAGUGGGAAAGAGAAAGAUAAUUAUCAUAGCUCACUCCUAAAUUGCUCUUUCUCGCACUGACAUUUCCCACUUCUCAUUACUUAAAUAUUAAAGCAAAAACAAACCAAAUAAUUUCUUCUGAAUUUCUCGCCUUUUCCUUCUCCAAUCUACCUUUACUUAGUUUCUACAUUUCCUUUUUUUUUUUGUUGGUUUUUGGUUGUUGAUUUUUUCUUAGUAGUUCUCUGAGGUCUUUUUGAGGAAAGAAUUGGUACCCAUUUGAGAAAAAGCUGAAAUGGAAACGGGGUCGAGUUCAGAUUCACUAGAAAGGGCUGAGACUUUAAGAGGAAGAGGCAACAAGCUUGGUUCAAUGUUACCAAAGAUCGAACCGUUUGUGCCUAAAAGUGAUCAUAGCCCAAAAGAGUUGAGAUCUUGGGCUAAAAGAACGGGUUUUGUCUCUCACUUGUCUGGAGAAACCGGAACUGCUAGUUCCACUGAAAAUUUUGACAGUUCCACUGGGUCUCGUCUGGAAAGAGGUGGCCAUGAUCAAAGGUCAGGUGGGUCAUCUCCAAAAAUCGAGAUUGACCCGGUUUUGGGCCGGACUAAACCCAAUAGAGGGAUUGAAAUUGAAAGGGAUUCGGGUUCUGGGCCAGCGUUGGGUUCUGGACAUGGAAGGACAACAGUUGCGGAUGAGAAUGGGAAUGGUUUAGGGGAGAAAGUUGAUGAAAGGAAAACUGGGUUAAAUGGGAAUGUGAAUGGGAAUGUAAAUGUGGUGGAAAAUAGGAACGGGAAUGGGAAUGCGAAUGGAGUGCCAGGUGUUACACCAGAACUUGUUCCUCAGAAGAAUGAAGAGGGAAAGGCUGAAAGGGAUGUGGAAGCUGGGAUGUAUCCAGGAGGUGAAGAGCAGAGUCAUAGAGGGUGGAGUGGUCGUCAUCCAGGGAUAAAGGUUGGGUUAAGAGAUAAUCCGGGUUUUGGAGCGCUUAUUUAUUAUGGCCUGCAGCACUUUUUAUCAUUGGCAGGUUCCCUUAUAUUCAUCCCAUUGGUAAUGGUACCAGCCAUGGGCGGGACAGAUAAAGAUACUGCCACUGUGAUUUCCACAAUGUUGCUAGUUUCUGGCAUUACUACCAUACUGCACUCCUACUUUGGUACCCGGCUACCAUUAGUUCAAGGAAGCUCGUUCAUCUAUCUGGCACCAGCACUAGUUAUCAUCAAUGCUCGGGAUUAUCGAAAUCUUACAGAUCAUAAAUUCAGGCAUAUAAUGAGAGAGCUGCAAGGAGCUAUUAUUGUUGGUUCAGUAUUCCAAAGUAUCUUGGGAUUCAGUGGUUUGAUGUCUCUUUUACUGAGAUUGAUUAACCCAGUUGUGGUUGGACCAACUGUUGCAGCUGUGGGUUUAGCAUUCUUUGGUUAUGGUUUUCCACAAGCUGGUAGUUGUGUGGAAGUCAGUGUUCCCCUGCUAAUGUUGGUUCUUUUAUGUACCCUGUAUCUUCGAGGAAUAUCCAUUUUUGGGCAUCAAUUAUUCCGAAUAUACGCAGUUCCCCUGAGUGUUAUAAUUACAUGGACAUAUGCAUUCUUUCUAACAGCUGGAGGAGCUUAUGAUUACAAAGGCUGCAGCCCUGACAUUCCCAGCUCAAACAUUUUAGUUGAUGAGUGUAGAAAACAUGCAUAUACCAUGAAGCAUUGCAGAACUGAUGUUUCAAAAGCAUGGAGAGCUGCUGCAUGGGUCAGAAUUCCCUAUCCUUUACAGUGGGGCGUCCCUAUCUUCCAUUUCAGGACGUCUCUGAUCAUGAUCAUUGUGUCACUAGUUGCGUUAGUGGAUUCGCAGGUUGGAACGUAUCACUCUGCAUCUUUGCUAGUCAGUUCAAAGCCUCCAACUCCACGAGUAGUCAGCAGAGGCAUUGCAUUGGAAGGUUUCUGUAGCAUGCUGGCUGGACUUUGGGGUUCUGGGACUGGCUCAACAACGCUGACAGAAAAUACACAUACAAUAAACAUAACAAAGAUGGCUAGCCGUAGAGCUGUGGUAUUUGGAGCACUUUUCUUGAUCCUCUUCUCUUUUGUAGGAAAAGUGGGUGCAAUUCUUGCUUCAAUACCACUGUCCUUGGCUGCUUCUAUUUUGUGCUUCAUGUGGGCCCUUGUUGUGGCUGUAGGCCUCUCAGCCUUGCAAAACACUGAAACCGCAAGUUUUAGGAACAUAACCAUAGUUGGGGUGUCCUUGUUUAUUGGUUUAUCCAUUCCUGCUUAUUUCCAACAGUACCAACCUGAGUCAAGUUUGAUACUGCCAAGUUAUUUUGUUCCAUAUGCAGCUGCAUCAGAUGGACCAGUCCACACUGGUAGCGAACAACUUAAUUUUGCUAUAAAUGCACUCAUGUCUAUGAGCAUGGUGGUUACACUUUUGGUAGCAUUUGUACUUGACAACACUGUUCCAGGCAGCCGUCAAGAACGAGGGGUGUACAUCUGGUCACGUUCUGAAGAUUUGGCAAUUGAUCCAUCUUUGCAGGCAGAUUACUCUGUUCCUGGAAAAUUUGCCUCACGUUGUUGUUCAAGAUGUCUGCGUGCAUAGCAGGGGAUGGCUUGGACUUCAGCCUCAAGUUUAUUGAAAGGCUACUUUCUUAAUAUUGGGCAUUGCAAAGCUUGGAGAUGGUUCAGAUCGGUGAUAGAGUUACAAAUACAUAUUAGUUCUUUUGCAAUACGAAAUUCUUAUAAUAAUAUAAUUAGUAAUUGCAUCUUUGUAACUGAUUAUUCAAGUUGAAAACAGUUAAUAUUCUUUUAAUGUA